CAUACUUUAUUGAUGGAAUUUUGUCGCUCUUUUUACACAGGUCUGAAUUACACAUGCACAAACGGGACUGAUACUCAUGCCUUAAUGGAGCGAGGUGGCUCACGCUCUCAAAUUUAGCUCAUACACACAGAGGGAUACAAACAGGGACAGGUUGAAAAUGUGUUUCCAACCAGGGCAAUGAUAAUACAAACUAAUAAGGAAGCGAACCAUCGCUUGCACAAAUGUAAAAAAAACAUUACAUUAGUAAAAAAGAAAGCCUUAAAUCCAGAAUAUCAGACUAUCCAAGCUCCAUGCUAUGAAUCGCCUGAGUUUGUGCUCACAUUUUCUCACUUUUCAACAGCUCUUUUUUUACUUUAUAAGAACACUCUUCCAGAUGAUAUGUCAGACUUUGAUGUGUCAGACUUAUUUAAGGAUAUGGCUUUAAGUACUUUAUGAGCUAUAAAGGCAGUGGCGAUGCAUUUAGCCCUGUAGAGCAGUGAGAAGCUUGACCUUUAUGUUGCUUCUAUUCACCUUCCGGAAAGGGUAAUAACACUUAUUUAAAAAGCUUUAUGCAUUUGAUAAUUGUUCUUUUAACUGUAACAUGGUCCUCUUUAUGCUAAUUGCACCUUUUUUUAUUAACUUACAUUUCUCCUAUAGUCAUCCUUCUUCCUUCCCGACUUCGCUAUGAGAGCAUUUUGUGAUCAAUGGAAAUGCUACUGGCACUUUAGUAGGAACCUUUUGCCCUUUUACUACUAUGGGCCUUUUUGUGAGGCUGUGUUGCACUUGACCUUGAGCUUCCAGUCGAUAAGUGCAUCAGCAACAAUGCUGAUCAUGGUACCUUUACUGGAUUAUGGCUCAGACCAAAGAGGCCUCAUGCAUAAACAGUGUUGUAUUUUUUAUCACCUCCUAAAUAAGGAAUUCAAAAAUGUAUUAUUACAUAUUUACGUGGCCUAAGAAGGUGCAGUCAAUAUUUGUGAACAUGAGCUUCUCUCAGUCAGAGCCACACACCAGAGAAGUCUCACGCUUAUGAUGUCAUCAAUUAUAAAGUCUGGAGAUGCUCCAGAAUAUUAAUGGGAGGCUGAAUUUGUGAACUCUCAUUGUGUAUAGCUAAACAAAGCUUUAUUAUAUUGUAAUUUCUCUGAACCAGAAACAAUAUAUAGGCCUACUUCGAACAUUUUCCUGGGUUCUCUCAGUUUUGCCUAUAAUUUCCCCCCCAAUUCUCUACGGAGACGUUCCAGACUUAAACUGGUUGACAUCACCAUUUUUAGAUGUAGCACUCUGUCACACAGUUUUGGGAUGUGUUCAUGUUUACUAAUAUAUGUUGACUGUCUUAUUAUACCAUAACAAUUGUGACAUUUUUAAAGAUCCCUUCAUGUUUUUUUGCACAGACAGUGCUUUACAGAUAACUUCAAUUAAAGCAGUAUCAUAUCUACUUGUUAUAAUUAGGCAUAGUAUUGAACAUAUGAAUCCACAUUCCCUGUCAUAUUCCCACCUGCUCCUCUGCCACCACAUGACUGCUGAUGUCAGACAAGAGUCAAGGCUGGGAACCUGUAGACAAAAUGGUGCGUCCGUCCAGCAGAGUGAGCAAGUGUGAGAUAUAUAGUGAGGAAAGAAUAAGGGGGGGGAGAAGGGAAAAACAAACAAUUAAACAUAUGAUUAACAAGAAACACACAGCCUUUCCUCUUAUAGCCCUGUUUUGUGUACUUUUACAGCAUAUGUAUUUAUGGAGUUCAGCAGCCAUAGAGAAAUUAGCCUCUGUAUUCACCGGGGUCCUCCCACCCUCUGUCUUGUUCUCUAAUCCGCCCACAUGUAUCGUCUGAGGAAAAAGGUGACGCUCCUCCAAACGAACAGAGAGGCACUGAGAGGGAAAGGCAAUGAGAGAGGUGUCUACAGGCUCCAUUGAAACAUUUGCAAGAGGAAGAGCUGAAUGGUAGCUACACCCUGCGCCUGGAAGCGUAGAGACACUGUAACAAAGGCUGCCAAUUAUCUUUUUUUUGCAAUAACAAAGAGGUGGGAGAGGGGGCUUUGAAAUCGAGGGAAACAGCAAAAAACAUAUUUCAGGGGGACUUCUACAUAAUUUCACCCGAAAGACUCGUCCCUUUUGCCAUCAUCAGCAUGCCAUAAGCUAUAAGUAACAUACGGCAAUAACGGUGCCAAUACGAGAUUUUUUUGCGACAGACGCGCGCAAUCCUAUUUUGAUUUAUUCUUAUCGUGGGGAGAAAGAAAACAGACCAGCUGAAUGCCUGCGAGAAUCUGGAUACUCUGUGAAAUCAUAAGAAAAAAGCGAUCUAACAAAGACAACUACAUUGUGAUUGAUCUUUAAGCUUGAUGUGCGCGUCUCUGCACGCACUCGAAACGAACCUGAACCAAAAGCAAACUCCUCAGACUCCUCCCUCCUCCUCCCUUCGGUUUCUCUCAUCCUCUCCCUCCCCCCCGGUCCUCUAUGCUCAGUUCGGUGUGUGUAUCCUCUUAUAAAGGGCGCAAGGGUGGGAACAAGUCGUCCAACAAAGCAUGUUACAGCGCAGACAUGACUUGUCCGUCGGAAAGCGAGAAAAUCGUGAUAAACUGCGGGGGGGUGCGGCAUGAGACUUACCGGAGCACCCUAAAAACGCUGCCUGGCACCCGCUUAUCGUGGCUCACCGAGCCGGACGCGUUCAGCAACUUCGACUACGACCCCAAAUUAGACGAGUUCUUCUUCGACCGCCACCCGUCAGUGUUUUCCUUCAUCCUCAACUAUUACCGCACCGGGAAGUUGCACUGUCCCAACGAUGUGUGCGGUCCCUUGUUCGAGGAGGAGCUGGCUUUCUGGGGCAUCGAUGAGACAGAUGUGGAGGCGUGUUGCUGGAUGAAUUACCGGCAGCACCGGGAUGCGGAGGAGGCGCUGGACAGCUUCGAGAAUCCAGAACCGGACGCCCCGGACGACGAGCCCGCGCUGAGCGGUCCGGACGGGGACUUGAGAAGACUGUGCAUGCAGGAGGACGCGAGGAGAGCGGGCUGGUGGAAAACCUGGCAGCCCCGAAUAUGGGCUCUGUUUGAAGACCCGUACUCCUCCAAAUAUGCCAGGUAUGUGGCAUUUGGCUCCCUGUUCUUCAUCCUCAUCUCCAUCUCCACUUUCUGCAUGGAGACACAUGAGGCCUUCAACACCAUCCUGAAGAAGACGGAGAACGUCACGGUGGGCAACAUAACCACGGAGGAGAUUGUAUACGAGGUGGUGACCGACAGCUGGUUGACAUACGUGGAGGGCGUGUGCGUCAUCUGGUUCACCAUUGAGGUCAUUCUGCGAGUCACCUUCUGCCCAGACAAGCUUGAGUUCUUCAAGAGCAGCCUCAACAUCAUCGAUUUCAUCGCCAUCCUGCCUUUCUAUCUGGAGGUGGGCCUGAGCGGUCUGUCCUCCAAAGCUGCCAAGGAUGUCCUGGGGUUCCUACGAGUCGUCAGGUUUGUCCGAAUCCUACGAAUCUUCAAGCUGACCCGCCACUUUGUGGGUCUCCGUGUCCUGGGCCACACCCUGCGCGCCAGCACCAACGAGUUCCUCCUGCUGAUCAUCUUCUUAGCCCUCGGUGUCCUCAUCUUCGCCACGAUGAUCUACUAUGCUGAGCGGAUUGGCGCAGACCCAGACGACCCAACCGCCUGCGCCCACACCGCCUUCAAGAACAUUCCCAUUGGGUUUUGGUGGGCCGUUGUGACCAUGACCACGCUGGGCUAUGGAGAUAUGUACCCGGAGACGUGGUCAGGGAUGCUGGUGGGCGCCCUGUGUGCCUUGGCUGGUGUGCUGACCAUUGCCAUGCCUGUGCCUGUUAUUGUCAACAACUUUGGCAUGUACUACUCUCUGGCUAUGGCAAAACAAAAGCUGCCCAAAAAGAAGAACAAACAUAUCCCAAGAGCACCACAACCAGGCUCCCCCAACUACUGCAAACCAGAUGCCCUGGCUAUGGCGACUGCAUCACCGCAAAGGCUCUUGGGAAAUGUCCUUGGUGGAGUGAUGGAGUCUGGAGGCAUGGGGGGUGACUGUCCUCUUGCCCAAGAAGAAAUGAUUGAGAGUAACAGAGAUGCCAAGCAGAACGGCGACGCAGCCUCGGCCGCGCUAGCUAACGAGGACUGUCCCACCAUCGACCAGGUGCUGAGCCCAGACGAGAGGAGUCCCAUUGGGCAAGGGCCGACCCGGGAACGCUACCAGCAGGACCGUGCCUGCUUCCUGCUCAACACCAGGGAAUUCCGUGCCACAGAUGGGAAUGUGCGGAAAGGUUGUGUCAUAUCACGCGUGUGCUACGAGAAAUCUCGCAGUCUUUCUAACAUAUCGGGAAUGGCGGGGUCUUCACUGCGGCUCGCUCCCAUCACUAGCCCCCCUUUUGAAAACUACGAGGCUCCGGGACCCCUGCGCCGCUGUCGCUCCCCAAUCCCCUCCAUUUUGUAGCAAAAAAAAAAGGAUGUUAACGAUUGGAUGCUAGCGGUGGAUUAGCUGCUGACUGAUCGCCUCCAUUUGGAUUGUACACUGUGCAUAAAGAUAGCAAUAAGAAAAGAGGAAGUUGAAUGUAGAAAGAGAGACCCCUUGUCUUGUGAAUCUUUUGGUUUAUGAUGGUCAGGUUAGCUGAUGGGGUCAAGUACAAAUUCUAGCUUCAAGGCUACAUUGAUAUUUUUGAAUUAUUAGAAGAUAUGCUAAAAUGGAUAUUUGGAUCGGUUAGUAAGUAAAAUAGUAUGAGUUAAAAAAAAGAAAGAAAACGUGCACGGUUACAUUUUUAAAUGUAGGAUUAAAUGUGUAGAUGGACUCAAUUUUUAAAUGUUCUGGACCAAACUAAAAGCAAACACUGUCCAGAGAAAUAAAAAACUUUAUUUAGCCAAAGAAAAAAAAACAUUUAUAGAUUGAUGUUUAAAAGUUUUCUACUUUCUGUCUUAUGUGAAUAUUGAUGUUUGUACAGUGUAGACAUCAAUUUGGUAAGUCUCUCUAAAAGACAGACUCGGCUUCUACAGGUCUCAGUCAUUUCAUUUUCUAUCUCAUCAUCGUAACAUCACUUUAUGUUGCUAUUUUACACAGCAAAGCGAAAUAUCAAAGAGAAAAGGAAGAAAAACUGAGCUUAAAUAAAAAGAAAUAUUGUACCAUAAGAACUAUCAAAAUGAUGUAGCCCUAAAUUAUAAUUUAUUUUUUACAUUCCAUAUAUGCAAUUGCUUCCAGUGUACAGAUAAAGGUCUAUUCAGCCACUUCCUGCAGUUGCACGCAUGUUAUCUAAUCCCUUUUUAUAUCAUCAUCAUCCUAUGCAUCAUAUGCAAUUAUAACAAUCAUAUUCCAAAAUAAAAAUACUUAUUCCAUGAUAUGCCCCUAAAAAUAUAUAUGAACAAUACAUUACUUAAAUGUUUUAUUUAUUUUCUCAAUAAUAUAUAGGCGGAUAUAUAGAUGGACCACGAGUUAGGUUUAGGUUUAGGGUUAGGGUUAGGGUUAGGGUUAGGGUUAGUUGUUGGGAACGGGACAGGUUUAGUUUAAUAAGGGAGGUGGGGAUAUCUUACAGUCAAUAGAAAACACUAAAAGAAGCGUUUUCUUUGUUUAUGUGCAAUAGUUUUCUGACCACAUAGCUUGCUUAUAUGCAAUGCUGCUUGUUAGCAAAACCAUACGACUUAACUAGCCAAUAAAAGAUUAUCGGCCCAGUUUGUUCUUCACUGAUAAAGGAAAUUGAGGAGUAAUAAGGCAUAGUUUAGUGUGUUAUUAGGGUUUGAAACUGGGGUAAAUUAUAUAUUCUGUUGCAGCUGAGGACCUCACGAGUAGAGCUGCCAGUGUCUUUGGCAAAAUAGCACAAUUAAGCCAUCACAUCCUCGGUUAAUAAUCUAUUUAAUGAUAGUAAAUGUCGACCCUUGAAGAAAUGCUAAUCAGGACACUUAUGUAAAUGUACUUAUACUGUAUGUAGGCCUACCAUUUUUCAAAGAAAUCUAAGUGCAAUGUAUUCAAAAAACUACUUAUCGCAAUAAACAAAGUAGAACAAAUAUACUUAUAAAGUCAUGUGCAAGUGACUACAUAAUUAAUGAUAUACUCAGAACAAAUACAAGCACUUUACUAACAUUCAGUGUUAAUUUAUUAACCUCUGAAGCCUGCAUGUUGGAUAAUACACACACCGUAUAGAUUUAACAAGUGAGAAAUACCCGAUCACACGUAUAUCUAAAUUAAAAAAAUAUCUAUUUUGCUUCUUCAUCUGUUUUAUUUUAUAUAUUUUUUCCAUUUAUUUGGUUUAUUUUGUCUAAAGAAAAUAUAAAUUAAAAAGCAAUAUGUUUGUUAUAUUUAAAAAAUAUAUAUCACAGUGGUUACAAAAUACCAUUCCCCUAAGUCUAUAUUUUAUUAGGCAAUUUAUAGCUUUUAUUUUUAUAACUGAGCUCCACCCUCGGACUGCAAACUUCCCAUGAAAUAAGUUGAACUUAUGUUUAAAGUUGAGCAAAAAGAAAGACAUUCACUUAUGCAAUAAACAUGCAAUAUUGUUUUAAAGCUGGAAACCAUGCUGUGCACAUACAUAUGUAAAUAUGCAGAUCUAUUUUUAAUCUUGCACAGACUUUGAAGGCAGUCUACUUUGAUGUAUCUGUUCUGAGAAGUAUUACAAUGACAUCAUGAGCCUUUUGUCUUGUUUUAUUUCAAAUCAAUGUGGUCUUAAUGGUCCUGUAAACGUUUUGAUGUUGUUACUGCCAUUUUUAAUUGUUUACGUUUUGUAACAGUUUUAUAUUUUUUUCACUUGAACUGGUAUUGUGUAUUUCAUUGUAAGGAAUGAACUUUCUGUACCACUGAUUGUCUAGAAAAACAUUUGUCAGAAAAAGAUGCAAUGUUGUAUUUAACUCGUUCCUUAACAAACAGAAAUGUAGUAGGACUGAUUUCACGAGGGGAACGAAACUUCUGCAGAUGUGAAGGGAGAGGAGUUGCGUGUUUAGAGUCAUAAUCUAUAUUCCCCAUUCCCAUUCUGUCUAAAAAUCAACGUGCUUCCAGACCCCUCAACUUUGAGAACUUAGAUAUGCAGUAUUAUGAUUCAGGGUGAUAGUUAUGACAUCACUUGAAUGUUUUGCUUGUAUCUGUUGACUGGAGUUUGAGAUGUUUGUAAAAGUUGUUUUGUCUCAUUCACAUAUCGAUCAGUCACUGUUAGUAGUCGGAUACGGGUUUUUGAAGGCACAUAUUUUCAGACUCAUAUUGCAUACUGUCAUGCUUACUCUCAAUACUGUUACAUUUCACCAUUAUGAUGUCGAAAAAAUUCAAUAAUUUAGUGUCGUCUGAAGAUAUCUAAAACAGCAUGCAGGGUCUUGUUUCUCAAGUGAAUCUGAGCGUUUUUAGCUCACAAAUGUAUGUUGUUACCCUGAACUGAGCAAAGGUAGGGAAACUCUGGGAUAGUACAUUUUUAAUUCAUGUGAACAUGUAAUGACUACAAGUCGAUUGACCUCGGCACUCAAAGCUCAUCUUAGUCCACAUCAGCAAACCUGAAUCUUGGUCCGUCAUUAUUGCUAACAUCACUUCUGUCAUUGCACAAAACCUCAUGAAACCUUUUAAGCGCACAUGCAUACUGUAUAACGUUACAAUUACUCCACAAUGUGGAUGUUGCGAUACUCUGACUUAUACUGGUAACACUUUAUUUGGAAUGUACAUUUUUCUGCACUGAAGGAAAAUGUAUUUCCUUGUUAUAUAUCUGCAGUUAGACGCUUUUCUUUAAUGCCACAAUUGACUGAGAAUGGGUGAGUUAAAUAACAUGCACACACAACUUUAACAUUUAUGGAUAUAGAUCUACUGUGUUUGUUAAUAUUUGCUUUGUAUUGUAUCAACAUCUAUGUGAAGAAUGUCAUCAAUGUGGUUCUAUUGAGCUUAAAGAGUCAAAUCCAUAGGUCAAAUCACAUAAAUGUGGCCAAUGCAAAUGACAUAGAAAACUCUGACAUACACAUUGUUU